GAUGUUGUCGGAAGUAGAUCUGACGCUUAACUACUGGGUUUGAUCUAAGUCUAGCGAGUUUGAAGAGGAGCUGGAGCGUGACUUCUCUCCCACCUUGUUCUUUUUGAAAGGUGACAGUCCGUCCCGGGUUUGCCCGUCCUGUGGUAUUUUGUACCCUUACCCGGAAGUCAGAAGUCUAACUUAACGUUAAUCGUGGUUCUGCACUGAACUCGUACUGGACGCCGAUGGAUCCAGGGGUAAGGGUGACACAGCUGGUGCUUGGCCUGUUUGGAUCUGGAAUAUUGCUUUCGUGUUGCAGAGCAGAAUCGUUGUCUACCCAUACGGUGACAGGAAUUGUUGGAGAAAGUUCUCUUCUGCCUUGCUUGGACUCUAAGUUGGGAAUAAAAGUCAAUAAUGAGAUACGUGUUUACUGGCAAGUGAAGUCCAAGUGCAUUUAUGCCUUUUACUCAGGUCAGGAGCAUCCCGACCAGAACUACAGCCACAGAGCAAAGCUAUUUUCCACAGAAUUUAAACAAGGUAACUUCUCCCUCCUUCUGACUGACCUCCAAGUGAGUGAUGAAGCCAACUACAUCUGCCUCAUUCAGUUGAAAACGCCGUCUUUGAAUUACGACGUGGUGCUACAAGUUACAGUGACAUUGCAAAUAGCAGCCCACUACAAAGACCCUGAACUGACCGUAGAGGGAGAACAGAAUGAAGGGAAGCCCAUGAGGCUGACUUGCUCCUCGUGCGGCGGUUAUCCAAAACCAACUGUGCAUUGGACCAGUGGCUUCCUGGACAUCGAUAAAAACAGAACGGCCAAGGUUUACACUAAUUGUUCUUCUGAGCACCUCUGCAAUAUUACCUCCACUCUGCGGAUCCACAGCCCAGUAAACAACGUUACCUGCAAAAUAUACAACGCUAAGCUGAAGGAGAAUAAAACCGCAACGUACGUUAGGGAUGUACACUUGGUUACUAAUAAAAAUGCCAUAGUUUCUGGGAGUGAAACACAUCAGAGAUGGACGAUACCGAUGGUUAUCAUUGUGGUAAUACUGGUGCUCUUGGCAAUUUACGUUAUCAGGAGACAUUUCAACAAGUCUUCAAGUGCAGAUGACAGGCCUGCCCAGGAAGGUGAGCUGGAUUCGUUUGUUAGCUCAGAUCCUGCCGUUUGAGCCCAACGUCAUGAAAGGAAGUCUCAGGGAUGUGCUGCAAACCGGCUGUUAAACUUGGAGGAGAACACUGUGGCUAUGGAAUAGUGCACAUUCUGCCAUGCUGUGAAUUACUUUGUGUACAUUUGCUCUCCUUUACGAUACUUUCCACAAGGAUCUAGGUCAAUGUGAAAUGCUCCACACUCCAUGUUACAUCCAGAAAGGAGGCACUUCUUCAUUGCUGACCGUGUAGGACUGUCCAGCUGGAUCUGACCAGAUGAAAACACAGAUGAUGUAGGACUGGCCAUUGUCUACCACCUCACUCCAGCACAAUCAGCAACAAGACGGCCAAAGAGUCCAUGUAGUAUAUCUUAUUUUAUUUUAUGUUUACUUUUCUCAUAAGAAAACACAAGUCUCAUUGUACUGUACAUCUGGCUAAACUCCAAUAAUGAUGCCCUCUUUUACAUGAAAAACAUUAACCAAAAUACUUCUGAACAGUUACAAACUAUAUAGAUAAAUUCCUUGGGUUUGCACGAGUAACUUUUAAAAACCCAGAGGAAAAGCCCUUUUCAGACACAUUUUAGAUUCCCAGACCCAUUCCUUGUUCUGUGGGCAUUUAUCAACAAGCUUUGAAUUCACUGACCAGUGAAGGGAUUAGGGCAGAUUUUCUGCUAACUGCCCACAUGGAUGGAAGUAUCAUUUGUAUCGAUUGACCCACCUGAGAGGAAAAUGGAACAAUGAGCUCUGCAUCCUAAUUCUGGACUCCACAAGGCACUGGUCUUGUCCUCAAUAAAGGUUGUUCUCAAACAGUA